CGGAUCGUUCUGGUUGCUGCCGCAUCUGAGGCAACCAUUUCUCUUUCAUGCAAUGCACAUCUUCGUGGGCAGGCGAUCCUCAUGCCGGCCAUUCAGGCCAAGGAGUCAACCUCUGUCAUUGGUCAUCUGGGCUUAAUUAUUCCUCUUUUUGACAGUUGCUCCGAUUCUAUGGCCCCUCCGAUUGUUCGUUUAUCUACAGACAUGCCAUCAUCAACAGAAAUAUCAAUUCGCGAUCAUUCUAUGACAGAUUCACUUUGUGUCAUGUGUUGCGCUGCCAGUGAUCUUUGA